GGGCUACAAACAUAUAUUUCAGCGAUUUUACACACAAGUGUGAACAAAACUGUGUUUCUCGCUUUGUAUACUCUCUGUAAGGUCAAAUCACUUUGUGGACCACUCAUCUAUUAAGACUUCACAGGAGACUUUGGAUCUAAAAAAAAGCCUUCACAGAAGUCUUAUUAAGUCAAUCUUUUAUUUUUCUCUCGUUUCACAGCAAAACAAAAAAAAAAAGAAAGAAAAAAAAAUGCAUUCUCGUAGUGAGAGGAAGAUGAUACUAUGGAGCUCGUGUUUAAUCUUCUCACUAUCUUACUCAAUACUUGUUUUCUCUUCUCCUCCUGCUAAUCACUUGUGUCGUCCAGACCAGAGGGAUGCUCUCUGGGAGUUCAAGAGUGAGUUUCACUUCAGUGGGAUAGCUCCUAACGAGAAGAAACAGAAGUGGCUAAACAACAACACUGACUGCUGUUUCUGGGAUGGUGUCUCUUGUGAUCUCAAGACGGGGAACGUCAUUGGUCUAAAUCUCUGGGGCAGUUCUCUCAACGGCUCUUUGAGAUCCAACAGCGGUCUCUUUAAACUACAACAUCUUCAGAGCCUUAACCUUAGCUCCAAUAACCUCGCGGGCACUCUACCGGACUCCAUCGGCGACCUCAGACACUUGAGGGUCUUGAAACUUUACGGAUGCGGUUUCUUCGGGAAGAUCCCUUCUUCCAUCGGAAACCUUUCUCAACUCACUCAUCUCGAUCUCGAAGGUAACGGUUUCACCGGUGAGCUACCGGAAACGAUGGCCAAACUAAACAAACUAACGAAGCUGCUGCUUUCCACGAGCGAGCUCACCGGGAACUUCCAUCACGCGCUGCUCAAUCUGAGCGAGCUUACGUGGCUCGACCUUCGUAAUAACCAUCUCGAAGGUACCCUCCCAUCUAACAUGAGCCGCCUCUCCAAACUUGAGCAUUUCGAUAUCGGUUCGAACUCGAUGACCGGAACUAUUCCAACGUCUCUUUUCAUGAUCCCUUCGUUGGUCCUUCUUAACCUGGAGAAAAACAGCUUCACCGGUCCUCUCAAGAUUGGUAAUAAUAUAUCUUCUUCUUCGCCGUAUAAACUCGACACUUUAACCCUUGGAGGGAACAGUUUGAACGGUCCAAUCCCGGUAGGGUUUAUAUCGAAACUAGUCCGGUUAUCGUAUCUAGACCUCUCUUAUUGGAACACGAUGAAGGGCGCGGUGGAUUUCAGCAGCUUCUUGCGUCUCAAGUCACUCGUGUUACUCGACCUCUCCUAUCUGAACACGAGAAGUAAAUUCGAGUUGAAUCUUUUCUCUAAGCUCGUUUCGCUCGCUGUUCUGGAUCUUUCCGGGAAUAGUCUGAAGAUCAGCUCGAGUCUCCAUCUCCCCUCACCCAUAGGAUCCUUGUCUCUAGCAUUAUGCAAUAUCUCCGAAUUUCCAAACUUUCUCCGCACGCAAACCAAUUUGUAUUACCUGGAUAUUUCCGCCAAUCGGAUCGAAGGGAGAGUACCGGACUGGUUAUGGAGAUUGUCGGGAUUGUUGUACGUUGACAUCUCGAAGAAUUAUUUAACCGGCUUUGAUGGACUGAUCCAAACGAGUCCGAUAGAAAUGCUCGAUAUAAGUUCGAACGCUUUUCAAGAUCCGUUUCCUCUGUUACCAAACUCUACGAGGUUCUUUUCGGCGUCUGAUAAUCGGUUCUCGGGAGAGAUUCCGACGACGAUCUGCGGAUUGAUUUCUCUCGACACGCUUCUUCUGAGCAGGCCGGCCCUGCUUCUGAGCAACAACGGAUUCAACGGCUCUAUACCUCGGUGUUUCGAGAGUUUCAAUACUAAGCUUUCCCUCUUGCAUCUCCGGAACAACAACCUCUCCGGGUUGUUUCCGGAGGAGUCUAUCGGUGCGGGAUUGGUUUCGUUAGAUGUUGGUGGUAAUCAGUUGUCAGGAGAGCUUCCCAGGUCUUUGAUCAACUGCACUCUGCUCGAGUUUCUCAACGUUGAAGACAACAUGUUCAGUGACACUUUUCCUUUUUGGUUGAGUUCGUUGCCUGAUUUGCAGUUUCUUGUUAUUCGUUCUAACAAGUUUCACGGGCCGGUGUAUUCUCUACGGGGUGGUUCUCUGAGUUUCCCCAAGCUUCGAAUCUUCGACAUUUCGGGAAAUAUCUUCACUGGAGUCCUGCCGUUGGAUUAUUUUGCUGGUUGGAGUGCAAUGACGUCAGAUGCAUACGUUACAGAUGAUAAGCAGGGAAGGUUUAUGGGAAUCAGCUUCUCGAACUAUCAUAAGUCGGUGGUUCUUGCAAUCAAAGGCUCGGAGAUGGAGUUACUCGGGAGUGGUUUCAGGAUGUAUAAAACCAUCGAUGUCUCCGGGAACCGACUGGAAGGAGAUAUUCCACGGUCCAUCGGUUUGCUAAAGGGACUGAUUGUGCUCAACAUGUCAAACAACGCUCUCACUGGCCGUAUCCCACCGUCUCUAUCAAAUCUAACCAGUCUACAAUCACUAGAUCUGUCCGAAAACAGAUUCUUCGGUAGUAUACCUCAGGAGCUUGGGAAACUCUCGUUUCUAGCGUUGAUGAACUUCUCGAACAACAUGCUGGAAGGCCCAAUACCGCAAGGCACUCAGAUUCAAAGCCAGAAUAGUUCCUCGUUCGCAGAGAAUCCUGGCCUAUGCGGUGCUCCUCUUCAAGAAACAUGCGGUGGAGGAGAAGAAGUAUAUGAAGUAAAGGAAGAUAAUGAUCAAGUGUUGAGCUGGAUUGCAGUUGCAAUAGCCUAUGUACCUGGUGUUUUGUGUGGACUGACCAUUGGCCACGUUCUGAGUUUAUAUAAACCUGACUGGUUCAUGAGGAUUUUUCACUCUUUUGCUUAAUAUAGCAUCAGUUGCCUGAUAAUAUCUUAUCCGUUGUCUUUUUUUGUGUGUGGUCAAAUUAUCUACCAUCUUAUAAUCA